GCCCUGCAAGACUGCCUCUGACACCAAAAUGUCCGGAAUCCAAGCCCAGCUCGACCAGGGCGCCGUCCCCAACGCCAUUUCCAAUGUCUGUCCACCAGGCACAAAGUUCCACGUCCUCGAAGUAGGAUGGCUCGAAUGCGACAAAGGGUUCGUAAUCAGAGGCGGCAACACAAGCAAGAAGUCCACAGAGAACGGCUCCUUCGUCAACGAGCGAUGCGAAAUGCCCAUGUACUGCAUUUUGAUCGACCACCCACACGAGGGUCUGAUCCUCUGGGAAACGGGGAGCGGGAAGGAUUACCCAACGGUGUGGGGCCCGGUGAUCGCCGAUAUCUUCACUCGCGUGAAGUACGAGCCUCGACAUGAGCUGCGCGCCGCCGUUGAGGCGACCGGACAUAAGCUGGACGAUAUCAAGAAGAUUAUCAUUGGGCAUCUGCAUCUGGACCAUGCGGGCGGACUGGAUGAGUUUUUGCAUCGCACGGAUGUCGAGAUCUGGGUGCAUGAGAAGGAACUGACGAAUGCGUUUUGGUCGGUUGCUACCGGUGCGGAUGUUGGGGUUUAUUUGGAACAUUAUCUUAAGUUGUCUUUGAACUGGAAGACGUUCAAUGAUCAAACGAUGGACUUCUGUCAGGGUAUCACGCUGCAUCACCUCCCUGGGCAUACGGAUGGUCUCAUUGGCAUGCAGAUUAACAUGCUCAACACGGGAACGUUCUUUUUCAUUAGCGAUCAUUGCCAUGUUAUUGAAAAUUGGCGGGAUGGGAUCCCUCAGGGCUGGUUGGCUCGAGACCACCCAUCGUGGUUCAGGAGUACACAGCGUCUUAAGCAGCUCCAACGGAUCACUAGGGGACAGGUGAUUCCUGGGCAUGAUAAAGAAACCUUCUUGGGGCUUCAGAGCCAGGCCGAUGUUUUCACCUGA